AUGAGAAUUAUAUGCUUAGCUUUAAUUGCUUUACUUGCAAUAUCUGUUGUCUAUGCUGAUGAAGAUAUUGAUGCUAUCAAGGAAUGCGCUACUUCUACUGAUGCCCAAAUGAAUUGUGGUGAAGAUGAAGAUGAGGCCUGUGAAAAAGAAAAGGAAAGAUUGGAAUCAUGCAUAGAUGCUUGUGACAACGGUUCCUUCGAUUAAACUAUGUAUGAAUAAGGGUUAUGCUUUUAAAAAAAGUGUACUACCAAAAACUCAAAGCUCAAAACUGCUUUAUCAAAUUACAUUAAAUGUUUCCUUAAAUUCCCUCCCACUGAAGAUAAUAAAAAUGAAGGCGACAAUAAAGGUGAAGAUGAAAAUAAGGGUGAAGGAGAAAAGAAAGAUGAAGGCGUAAAUAAGGACGAAGAUAACAAGAAAGAUGAAGGAGAAAAGAAGGAUGAAGGAGAAAAUAAGGAUGAAGGAAACAAGAAAGAUGAAGGAGAAAAGAAGGAUGAAGGAAACAAGAAAGACGAAGGGGAAAAGAAGGAUGAAGGAAACAAGAAAGAUGAAGGAGAAAAGAAGGAUGAAGGAAACAAAUAAGACGAAGGUGAAAAGAAGGAUGAAGGAAACAAAAAAGACGAAGGUGAAAAGAAAGAUGAAGGAGAAAAGAAGGACGAAGGAAAUAAAAAAGAUGAAGGAGAAAAAAACGAGGAAGGAAACAAGAAAGAUGAAGGUGAAAAGAAAGAUGAAGGUAUCAAAAAAGAUGAGGAAAAUAAAAAAGACAAGGUCGAAGAAGGUCAAUAAGGCUAAAAGGGAGAUAAAAACUCUAAUGAUCAAAAAGAUUAAAAAGACCAAAAUGGUAAACCUACCAAAGCUGAAUAAAGUGUUAUUUCUGGUGGAAACUCUUUAGUUUUUGCAGUCACUUUAACUAUUUUAGCUUUAUUAAAUUGA